AUGUACGAUCAUAUUGGACUAGGCUUUGGCCCCGCGAACCUGGCGCUAUGUAUUUCGCUCCACGAAAAUGAAGAGGCUCGGGCUCGAGGCUUUACGAUGUGUUUCUUGGAGCAGCAAUCGACAUUUGCUUGGCAUCCCUCGCUGCUUUUGCCAGGCGCACAGCUGCAGGUAUCGCCGCUCAAGGAUCUCGUAACGAUGCGGGACCCCACAUCCUCCUCGUCCUUUCUCAACUUUCUGCAUUCCGAAGGCCGCCUGAUGCAGUACAUCAACCGUGAGGAGAAAGUGCCAAGCCGUCGCGAAUGGAGUGCUUAUCUUGCCUGGGCCGCUCAUCGUAUGCAGCAGUACGUCCAGUAUGGCCGUCGGGUGGUGGAUGUGGUGCCUGUAGAACACGGCCACACGUUGGAUCACUACCGCGUGAUCUGCGAGCAUGUUGAGACGGGCGAGAAGGAGGAGUUCCUUGCUAGGAAUCUAAGUAUGGCGGCUGGUGGCUCGCCGCAGCUCCCGCAUACGUUCCAGUCCCUGUAUACUUGGCCGCGUGAGCUACAGAGUCGUGUGGUGCACUCGGCCUCGUUCUUGCCGCACAUGGCGAAGCUGGCCCCUGUUCUCCAGGCCGCCUCCCAGCCCCUUCGCUUUGCCGUGAUUGGCGGCGGCCAGUCGUCGGCAGAAAUGCUACUUUAUCUUCGCGAUCGGUUCCCUACGGCGUCGAUUGAUAUGAUAUUGCGUGCCUCGGCGCUCGUGCCCUCUGACGACUCGCCGUUUGUGAACAGUGCAGCGUUCGAUCCUGCCAGUGUCACUACGUUCUGGGAGAGCUCUGCGCGGCAGCGUCAUGCUCAGCUAGCUGAAUUUAAGCGGACAAACUACUCGGUCAUUCGCAGCGACCUCCUGCAGUCGCUGUACGAAGUGGUGUACGACCAAGAUAUUGACUACAGCGAGCCAGGCGAGACACCCAAGGGACUAGUGCGAAUCCUAGCGAGCACCGAGCUGGUCACUGUAGAGCAGCAGCCCAACGACCAAAUUCGUAUUGAUACAUGUACGAAUAUGGGCGAUUUGCUGGAGCGCUCUGAGACGUACGACGCGGUCUUUCUUGGUACCGGUUUCCGUCGUGAUCCAUCGCUUUUGCCGUUUGUUCAUACACUCUCUUCGUACUUCCCCCUGCUUUCUGUGGAGGGUGCCGAAGCGUUACGCGAACGUGAGCUUGCGUUGGACGAGCAGGUGGCCAAGGCGCAGGACCCGGAGGCUAUGCGUGCGAAGCUGCGUGGCAUUACGCGCGAUUACCGCCUCGUGGCGCACGACCAUGUGUCCUGGGCGAAGCCGCCUUCGGCUCUGCCCGAGUCUGUCAUCCAGCGAAUUCCCUGCAGCCGGAUCGGCAUUGAAGGCCAGCGUGAGCCAAGCCUCUCACGCAAUGGCAGUGAGAGCAGUACGCGUGCGUCCACACCGCCUGGCACCUCGGCCAGUGCCUCGUCGUCGCACUCGCGACCGGCUGGCGCCAUCUACAUGUUCGGCAGCAACGAGCACACGCAUGGCCUGUCCGACAGUCUCAUGUCCAUGGUCGCUCAUCGUGCGGGUAUUGUGACAGCGUCUCUUCUGGCAGCGUACAGUACAUAA